AUGUCUGCUCUGCAAAUCCAGGCAGGCCCACAAGGUCUAAACGGCGCUGGCGCCAUCGAGAUUGAGAGCCUGCUGCGGGACUUGAUGAAAUCUAUCGACAGCAAACAUCUUUCAAUUGACCAGCAGACUACGGCUCUCGAAAGAAUUAAAAUUCUCGGCAGAGACAUAAGCCAAGCUGGACCAAUUUUCACCAGAUUGGGAAUAUCAACCCUCGCCCAUUAUGGUCUGGAUUCCAAAGAGGUCGUCAGCUCCAGGGAAGCCCUUCGCUGUCUGGCCAACGCUCUCCUUCUGAAUGAGUCAUCGAGGCAGACCUUCAUCGACAUGGAUUAUGCUGGAAAAGCCGCAGAACGACUGAAAGCCGAUAACCAUGACGACGAGUUUCUCAUCUCGCGCAUUUUAUUCUUACUUACAUACAACACUAACCUUGAUUUUGGCAAAAUGAUCGAUAAGCACGGCCUGGAUUCAAGCGUAAACCGAAACAUUGCCCACCAUGCAAGAUCAUAUCAGACAACUGCCCGCAAACAUGGCGCUUCGUCUCCAAUUCAAGACAUGGCCAUGCACGAGACCUUGAAAUUGCUGUUCAAUGUUACGUACCAUCAUCCAGGUCUGGCUGUGGCAUUUGCGCCCUCAUUCAAUCACUUGGUCCAUAUUUUGAUCAAUUAUGAAAUCCGCGAUCCACCGUUACAACCGCCCGUCACACUUUUGAUCAACGCAUUGCUGAACCUUGAGCUAAAAGCCGAUCCUGUCACGUCAAACAACAAGGCUAGUGAGGAGACCCGAGGAGGCAUCUCUCUUCAUAGGAAACUCAUUGAUCGCCUCAUAAUUAUUCUUGACAGGGCUGUCAGGAGCCAGACUGAGAAGGAACUUGAUCAAGCCGCAGCUCCACUCUGCACACUGCUGCGGCAGCUCUAUGCUUUGGACCAGCCAGACGUACAGACUAAAAUGAAGACUCUACUACUCCCGGCGGACAGUGAGCGCGAGGUGCCAUUGGGUCAAGCCGAUUCACUACCAUCACGGCUGUUGCGAAUGUCAACAUCUUCUGAUCUACCUAUGCUCCGCGACAAUAUCUCCAGUCUACUCUUUGAGCUAAGCGACAAAGAUGCAUCUAAAUUUGUAGAGAAUAUCGGCUACGGUUAUGCAUCUGGUUACUUGAUGAACCAUAGAAUUCCCAUUCCCGCAGGUCCCAUUCCCGCAGCUCGCGCAUCGGACACUGCCCAAUUUCCUGUUGACAAAGCAUUCAAUCCUGUUACUGGCCAACACUUGAGUGCGGAGGAUCAAACUGCAGCGCAAGCGCUUGAAAUGACCGAAGAGGAAAAAGAGCGGGAAGCUGAAAGACUUUUUGUUCUAUUCGAACGCUUGAAAGCGACAGGAGUGAUAAAUGUUACCAACCCCGUGGAGCACGCAAUUAGUGAAGGGCGUUUUGAAGAGGUAGACUGA